AUGCCACGUGUUAGUUCCUUGGUUGCUUUAUGUAUUGCGUUUGUUUUGAUGAUAAGCUCGGUUGCGACUUGGGUUGAUGCUUUGUCGGUAAAGAUUGAUCCUUUGAGUGAACAAUGUUUUUGGGAGGAGGUUAAGAAGCCUAAUGCAAAAGUACUUUUGCAAUUCCAAGUGUCAAGCGGAGGCUACUUGGAUAUUGAUUUAUCCAUUGCAUCACCAAAUGGAGUUUUAGUUCAUGAGAGUAAAGGAGAGACAGAAGGAAAAUAUACAUUCACAGCUGUGGAAGUUGGAAGAUACAAGUUCUGUUUUUCUAAUCGUAUGUCAAAAUUGACAUCAAAGACAGUCACUUUUGAAAUUCAUGUUGGAGAUCUUUUUGACCCAAACCUUACUAAGCUUGAUGAAAAGGAUCCAAUUGUGAAAUCAGUUUUAAGACUUACAGAGGGUCUAUCGGAAAUUCAACAAGAGCAAAAAUUCUACCGUACGAGAGAAGAAAGUCACAGAGAUUUGGCUGAAACUACUAACACAAAGGUUAUGUUUUGGGGUGUUGCUGAAAUGAUUGGUAUCGUGGUGAUGGCUGUUGGACAAGUUUUUGUUUUGCGUCAAUUCUUCAAGACAACGAGAUCAGUGUAA